AUGGCUCAAUAUCCGAUUCCGUUCACCAGAGUUAUUACAACUCAUGAUCCAGAAAGUGGCAAUGCUAUAUUCGAAAAAACCGUGGAGAAUAACGUUCAAUUCGAAGGAUUUCCUGUUCCCACGGGAAACCCCCCUACAUCAGACUAUGUUCUUGCAUAUUCGACUACAACAUUCCCAGUGCAAGGCCUCUCUCCUGGAUCAUCGAAUACCUCCGGGGCCAACUUGGAUAUCAAACAGUACAAAACUAGUUUGCAAAAUAUAUCGCCACUGAAUCCAACGGGUGGCACAGCAUGCACUAUAGUUGAAGUGCCUUAUGGAAACGAUAUCGCUAUGCAUCGAACAGUUAGUUUGGAUUACGGUGUUAUUAUUGAUGGAACUACUGAGCUUGUACUUGACUCAGGAGAGAAAAAAACCCUCAAAAAGGGAGACGUUUUUGUACAGCGGGGAACUGCCCAUGCUUGGCGCAAUCUAACUCAGAAAGAUGAUAACAACGGUACAUUAUACUUUCUUUGUGUUCCAACCGAUUGA